AUGGAAUCAAAAAAAUUUACUCAACGUACAUGUAUUGAUUCGGCUGAUUGUUCUCAAUUAAUCAAAGUCUAUUCUAAAUUAAAUAAAAAUCUUAAGAAAUGGUGUACUGAAUAUUCAACUAUGAUUAAAGGACAUUAUUUUGUUGAAAUGUGUCCAAAAUAUUGUUCACGAUGUAAUAUAACGUCCGAAUAUGAUCGAUAUAAAUCAUGUCGAAAUAAUGGUAAAUGUAUUAAAAAUGAAUAUGGUACAUAUCAAUGUAUAUGUUCAUCAUUAAAAUCUUUUUAUGUUACGUUAUGUGAAUAUUGA